AUGCCUCUCCUCCCAACCUCGACCGGCCAGCCCCGCGUCAUCCUGGGCCUGAUGACCUUUGGCCCGUCGACGAAGGAUGGCGCCCGCAUCACGGACAUAUCUGUGUACAACUCGGUGCUGGACAAGUUCCAGGCGCGGGGCUACAACGAGGUGGACACGGCACGGGUCUACGUCGGCGGCGAGCAGGAGGCCUUCACCAGGGAGGCAAGGUGGAAGGAGCGUGGCCUCACCCUGGCGACCAAGGUCAAGUACCCGAGCGCGGACGGGGACCACGUCGAGGAGAAGGUCAUCGAGAGCGUCGAGAAGUCGCUCAAGGAGCUGGGCACGGACUGCAUCGAUAUCCUCUACAUCCACGCGGCGGACCGCGCCACCCCCUUCGAGCAGACGCUCUCGGCGCUCGACAAGCUGCACAAGGCGGGCAAGUUCGUGCGCCUGGGUCUGUCCAACUACACGUCGUUCGAGGUGGCCGAGGCGGUGCUGCUGGCGCGGCAGCACGGCUGGGUGCGCCCGACCAUCUACCAGGCCAUGUACAACAUGAUCACGCGGGGGAUCGACGCGGAGCUGGUGCCGGCGUGCCGGCGGUACGGGCUCGAGAUCGUCGUCUACAACCCGAUCGCGGGCGGCCUGUUCUCGGGCAAGAUCAAGAGCGCCGACAUUGACCCGUCGCGCAUCGAAGGCCGCUUCGGCGGCGACAACCCUACGGGCGCCAACUACAGGGCCCGCUACUUCAAGGACAGCACGUUCCGGGCCCUCCGCACCAUCGAGGAGGCCGUCUCCAAGCACGACGGCCUGAGCCUCAUCGAGACCGCCCUCAGGUGGACGGUGCACCACUCGGCGCUGAAGGUCAAGGACGGCAACGACGGUGUCAUCAUCGGCAUCUCGAGCCUCGAGCAGCUGGAUGGCAACCUGGACAACUUGGAGAAGGGACCCCUGCCGGACGAUGUCGUCGAAGCUAUCGAUAGGGCUUGGCUGAUCACCAAGGCCGAGGCGCCGAAUUACUGGCACAAGGACCUGGUGUACAAGUAUGAUACCGUGCAGGCUCUCUUCUCGCCGAAGAAAUAA